GUUUGCGGCUUGCAAUGUUGUGCAUACCAGUGAUUGCAAUUUAUACACGAUAUUUCUCUUGGUAAAAAGAUCUAGGAAAUUUUACGGUCUUUUAUCAGAAACGUGUUGCGAUCAGAUUCUUUGAUGAAUUAGCUCCACUUACGGCAAGUUACCGAUAUAAAUUUCGUAAAUGUGAGCCAAGCCACACGUAUGGUAAUCUUGUGUACAUAUGUGUUUAAAUACGUGUACAUUUGCGUGUAAACUCGUCGAGUUCUUCCACCAGUGUGGUAUUUACCGGCACGUGCAAUGCAUGGAUUGGCUAUCAAUGUUAUUUGAUUCUUUUUCGUUAAUAUAAUUUUUAUUGCAAUUCUAAAGAUGUGGUCAAAUAUAAUAUUUUGUCUGCUACUUUUAUGUACAACACAUCUCAAAGCAGAUAAAAAAGUCAAUAAAUAUGUGACCACUUUAAUCGAUGCAAAAUGGAGAGAAACACCUUUGAUACUUGAAGCAGCCGAGUAUCUACAUGAUGAAAGUCCAAAUUAUUUUUGGAAAUUUAUAGACACUUUUGCUGACAAUGAUUUUAGAAAUGCUACAGAGAGAGAUAAUUAUAAUGCUAUUAUUGCAUUUGCCGAAGAGUUUUUAUCACUGUCAGAGGUAGCUUUACUUAAAUUAGGACUAUCUUUGCGUAUUUAUUCUGCACGAGUGGAAAUGUUUACACAAAUGGCUCAAAAUAAGAAUAUUUCCAAGUUUGACUGUUACAAUGUAGUGGACAUCGGCGGAAGAUUCACAUGUUCAAUAGAAGAAUUGGAAGAACUAGUUAACCAGGAGACAUGGUUGAAUCCUGAUACUUACAGUGUAGAUCAUAGCUAUCGUGCAUCUCAACAGCCUGAAAAAGUUAUUAUAUUGUACGGACAAGUUGGAACUCCAAAUUUUGCAACCUUUCAUGAAAAGUUGAAACACCUUGCAGAAACCAAAGGGUUCAAUUACAUUUUGAGGCAUUAUUUAAAGGAUAGAGUAGAUAAGAAUGUACGUUUAUCAGGAUAUGGCGUGGAAUUGCAAAUGAAGUCUACAGAAUAUAAAGCCACGGAUGAUUCGGAUAUUAAAGAUAAUGCUGGCAAAGAUUCUGAAACGUCUGACGAUGGUACGGAAGAAGUAGAUGGAAUCAACUUUAUAACUUUAAAGAAUUUGUAUCCUGAUAAGCAAGCAGAGUUAGAUAAAUUGCAAACUCAUUUACUGGAAACUAGUCAUGAAAUUGGUGCUUUAAAAGUCUGGCAAUUUCAAGAGCUAAGUCACCAGGCAGCUGAAAGGAUAAUGAACUCUCCGAUGAGCGAGGCUAUUAACGUUUUGACUGAUAUUUCGCAAAACUUUCCCAUGCAAGCGAAGUCUUUAAUCAGGACGAAAGUAAACAACGAAAUGAAAAAGGAAAUGAAACUGAAUCAAGCAAUUUUUUCUUUAAAUUUGAACAUUCAACCCACCGAUACUGCGCUCUUUGUGAAUGGAUUGUUCUUUGAUUUGGACGCCGUAGAUGUGCUCAGUCUUCUGGAAUCGCUGAGGAGCGAGCUCAGAGUAAUGGAAUCCCUUCGUAAAAUUGGAUUCAGCAAUACGAAGAUGAGCAAAUUACUGUCAUUAGAUUUGUCUACAAAUAUGGAUAAGCAAGAAUUUGCAAUGGAUAUAAGAGAUUCGGCUAUAAUUUGGGUAAAUGAUAUCGAACAGGAUUCAACAUAUGCAAGAUGGCCGGCAUGGUUAACAGAAUUACUGAGGCCAACUUUUCCGGGAAUGCUACGGAAUAUUCGAAGAAACUUGUACAAUUUGGUUCUAAUAAUCGAUCCAUUAAGCGCGGAAUCCACCCCCCUGGUAUCUCUCGCAGAGUCUUUACUUUUGCAUGCCACCCCAUUACGAGUGGGCUUUGUAUUUGUAACGAAUUCUGAUACUUCGGCAAUCGGAUUAACAGAUCCUAGUGUUGCAGUGAACAGUGCGUAUCAUUACUUUGCCGAGGUUAUAGGUUCGAUACAGGCUCUACAAUUUUUGAUAGACUUGGGAAAUCAUAUUGGGCCAAAGGGAGCAACCCUGGACAGCGUAAAGAAAGCUAUAAAAGCACAAGAUGUGUCUGCCAAUAUCAACUAUAUUCUCGGCGAGGAAUCCGAGUACGACGUUGGACGUCAUUUAGCCAGCGAUUUCGUAAAACGAUCUGGUUUCAAAAAAUUUCCGCAAGCUUUAAUUAACGGCGUACCAUUGUCCUCGGACCAAUUGAAUGCCGACUCGUUCAAAGAAGCUGUUCUCUCUACUAUCAUGUCGCAAACCCCGGCGCUACAGAAAGCAGUGUAUCGGGGCGAAUUGACCGAAAGAGACGAUGUCGUUGAUUACAUUAUGAAUCAACCGAACGUUAUGCCACGCUUAAACGAACGAAUUUUAAAAGCAGAAAAGCAUACAUGGUUAAACUUGAUCGGAACAGCACCCAGCGAUGAAAAUUACACGAAGUGGAGUCCCGAGGACUACUCAACAUGGUUGAUGAACAGACUACAUUAUCUUUAUAUGCCGCGUCGCACAAGCGUACACCAUUUGUAUAGCUUUUGGGUCGUAACAGAUUUAAAAAGUCCAGCAGGCAGAUUAUUGUUACGCGAGACUCUCGACUACUUAGAAUCCAAUGUUCACAUCAGAAUCACCAUAAUCGUUAACCCUACAACUGACGAAAAUGACAACUAUCAGAACGCCAAGCCUGAUAUUAAUGAAGUUGUAUUGGCUGCAUUGAAUAGCUUGCCUGUAGAGGAGGCCAAGCCUUUUAUUCGUCGCGUAAUUCAGGAAAACUUUGCAGACGAUAUUGCCAAAGGGGAUUUUCAAGUAGAGGACGAAGCUGUGAGAGAACAAUUGAAGAAGCAAGUGAACGAACUUUCUAUACAUCGACAAUACGUUAAAGCUGUGUUGAACAUGGAAGCGGGUGCACGAGCAAUUGUAUGCAAUGGAAGACUGGUUGGACCGUUUGAUGAUAACGAGGGAUUUACAAGCGAAGAUCUCUCCCUGUUGGAAAGAUUCAGCCAUAGUAGCUAUGGCGAGAAGUUAUUUAAAAAGUUAAUAAAAGAACAGUUGCUCGAAGACGAUGAAUAUGAAAAGAACAAAGUCACGGAUGAUAUGAUUAUGAAAAUCACGUCAUUGUUGGUGUCGCAUCCUCAGACACGAAGUCGAUUCGAUGUACUCUUUCACGGUGACGAUCACAGUUCCAUAAAGAUCCCAGCAGCGAAUCCAGAUGAAGUGGCAUUUUCUCUAGUCGCCAUCGUGGAUCCUGUGUCUCGCGGUGCUCAAAAGCUGGGUCCCAUUUUAAAAACUUUACAGCAGUCUCUUAACUGCAACAUCAAAGUCUUUCUGAACUGUUUAGACAAGAACAGCGAUAUGCCAUUGAAAAGUUUCUAUCGGUUCGUGUUCGAGCCACAUUUACAGUUUUCCGCCGAUGGUCAUAUCAAUGGAGCAAUGGCAAAGUUCACGAAAUUGCCCACCUCCUCGUUGUUGACGCAGAACAUCCAUGCACCCGAAAACUGGUUGGUGGAAGUAGUCAGAAGCGUUUACGAUUUGGAUAAUAUUAAGUUGGAUAAUGUCGCGAUUGGAGUACAUAGCGAGCUGGAAUUGGAGCAUUUAUUGCUAGAAGGACACUGUUUCGAAGCGUUGAUGGGAAAUCCACCUCGAGGAUUGCAAUUCACUCUGGGCACAGAGAAGCAACCAUUAAUGGUAGACACCAUAGUCAUGGCGAACUUGGGAUACUUUCAACUGAAGGCUAAUCCAGGAGAAUGGUUGCUGCGGCUUCGGCAAGGCCGAUCGGCGGAAAUAUAUGAUUUUACUACCGUCGGUGGCCAAGAUGUUAUACAAAAGGGUAACGACGUCAAAGUCGUCAUAAGUUCGUUAAGGAGUCACGUGUUGAAAGUUAAAGUAUCCAAGAAACCGGACAAGAUUGGAAUGGAUCUAUUGUCAGAGGAUGAAAAGAAUUCUGGAUUUUGGAAUUCCAUUUCUAGCUUUUCCAAAUUUUGGCCGUUCACCGCGAACGAAGAGAGCGACGAUGAAGACGAGAAGUUGAACAUCUUUUCCUUGGCAUCGGGUCAUUUGUACGAAAGAUUCCUGAAGAUUAUGAUGUUGAGCGUCAUAAAACACACAAAGACUCCUGUCAAAUUUUGGUUUUUAAAAAAUUAUCUUUCACCAACGCUAAAGGAUUUCUUGCCGCACAUGGCCAAAGAGUAUGGCUUCGAGUACGAGCUGGUCCAGUAUAAGUGGCCUCGUUGGCUUAUUCAACAGACUGAGAAGCAGAGAACGAUAUGGGGCUACAAAAUACUAUUUCUGGACGUACUGUUUCCAUUAAACGUGAAGAAGAUUAUAUUCGUGGACGCCGAUCAGGUGGUGAGAGCGGACUUGAAAGAAUUGGCAACGAUGGACCUGGGAGGAGCACCGUACGCGUACACUCCGUUCUGCGACAGUAGGACUGAAAUGGACGGAUUUAGAUUCUGGAAGCAAGGGUAUUGGCGAAGCCAUUUGCAAGGUCGCGCUUAUCACAUUAGCGCGUUGUAUGUGGUGCAUUUGAAACGAUUUCGACGCAUCGCUGCCGGUGAUAGAUUGAGGGGACAAUAUCAAGCACUCAGUCAAGAUCCUAACAGCUUGGCAAAUUUAGAUCAAGAUCUCCCGAACAAUAUGAUUCAUCAAGUAGCCAUAAAAACGCUGCCCCAGGAGUGGCUGUGGUGCGAGACUUGGUGCGACGAUACGUCCAAGAAAUACGCGAAGACUAUAGAUUUGUGUAACAACCCAAUGACGAAAGAAGCCAAACUGCAGGCCGCCAUACGCAUUUUGCCGGAAUGGGUGGGAUACGACGAAGAGAUAAAGACCUUGCAACAGAAAGUGGAAAACCAAAAUAGACAAACCGAGAAAGAUGAGCAUGAUAUUUUGGAGGAAGAAGAAGAAGAAAAAGAAGAAGAAGUUGCGGAAGACGCGAAACACGAAGAGCUGUGAGAACGGUGCCAGCGCACCAGUCAUGAAAAUAGUAUUGCCAAUGUGUGCAAUAAGGUAACCGAACGUUAUUACAAAAGUUUGCCGACAUUGGGAAGCGUUUGGUGUCUGCGACCAAUUUAAUUCCCAAUGUUGAAUCGUUCAUAGUACAAUCUCUGCACUGCGCGUCUUAUAUCCGUUAAAGGAUCGAAGAAUACGAACGAAAAUUCGAACCUAAAUAAAUUGAAACGUCGUCGAUCGUUGUUCGCGGUAUCGUGGUUGGUCGUGGACACGAGGAUCCGGGUUCGCAAGGAUAACGCGAUUGUGAUUUUGUAUCGUCUACUGCAUAGUUGUAAGAAAUAAACACGUAACGUUUCUAACUGGU